AUGGAUGAUGAUUAUGAACCUCAAGAAGCAAUAAUAACAGAAGAAUGGAAAGAAUCAAUAGAAAAAUGGAUAGAUGCAUAUGCAUCUGAAGAAAUGACUGAUGAAGAUAAAGUAAAACACAUAUCAAAAACAGAAAAUGAUCUUCUUUUGAUCCGUGUUUUUAGAUACAUAUCUCUGAAUAAGUGCAAGAAUGAGGCAAAUCAAAAUAAUUUUUUGACCUAUAUUUUUAAAUAUAUCCCUUGGAAUGAAUACAAGAGCAAGGUAAAUGAAAUAUUUAGUAAUAUUGAAGAAGAAUUGUUGAAGGAUAUACUUGAUGCGCUGCAUCCAUCGCUGCAUAUGUAUUUCUAUUCUUGCCUUGAUAAAUAUAAUGCUGAGUAUGUUUUGAAGAGGUAUAAUAAUCCAUCGCUUGGUAAUUUAAUAGAAUGGGUGAUGAAUCUAUCUAUUCUGAAAGACAUUGAGGAUAAGAAGAUGCUGUGGAGAUUUGCAAAGGAUUUUGCAGAUAAUAGCAAACACAAAGAGCUGAUUAUAGAUGGGCUGGUGCACAUUGCCGAAGGAAACAUCAAACCCGAUGUCCUGGAUGUUAUAGUGAACGGUGUGAAGACAGAGUCUGGAUAUCUGCCUGAAUGUGUGGGAUUGAUAACUGGGGAAUUUUUGAAAAGCAUGGUUGAAAAAGAAGAUGCUAGCAACAAAAAACAUGAAAUUAUCGGUAAAUUGGUGAAACUGCUUGGCUAUUCUCGAUCUGAUAAUGCUGUUAAGGAUGUACUGAGUGCCAUAACAGAUAUGGAAGGAUUGGAAAAGGCACUGGAUAAAAUCGAAAACCCAGUUCAGUUGGCAAGGGUAUUGAAUGGAAUUACAGAUAAGGAGCUAUUGACAAGAAAAACGAAAGAAUUGGUGCUACUUAUUGAGAAAGGAGGAAAUGCGUUGCUAGCGGAUGUAUUGAAUGUGAUUAGUAAUAAGGACAUAGCACGUACUUUAGUGCAAGAAUGUGCAGUGCAUAUGAAUGACUCUGCAUCAUUGGCACAAACAGCGAAUAAAGUUAAGGACAAGGAGAUUGUAUACUAUAUGAUGGAAUUGAUUAAUCAGAAAGGAAUGCUGAUGAAUAAAAAGAUACUCUCUUGCCUUGAGUAUGAUACAGCUAGUGUUGUGAUUUACGGAGUGUGUAGUGCAUCAGGUAAGCCUGGGCUGUUGGGAAAUAAGGAUGCAGCAGAAAUGCUGGGCUAUUUUGCGGGCUAUCGUGUAGCAGAAAUGCUAAGCUGUGCAUCUGAAUUAGCAGCAGCGAUAUUGGAAUGCAUGGAAAAGCAGGAUAAAGAUGCAAUAGACAAUAUGAUAAAAGAUAUAAGGCUUGCAGAAGAAUUAAAUAAGAUAGGGGCAGAUGAUAUAGAGGAGCUGAGGAUGGCGUUUGAUAGCAUGAACCGUCGUAUGACUUUGAUGCUGUUUAAACAUCUUAAUGAUGAAGUAAUGAAAACGAUAAUGCGUGUAAUGAUGAAUUCUAAUGAAAAGAUGUCACUUUUGAUUGAGCUAAGCGAUUCGAUGGCAGUUUUCACAGCUAAGCCGUCUACUGAAGCAUAUCUGCAUCAUGAGCAAGAAAAAAUAAACAAAGACACGCGAGAAAUAAUAGACAAAAUAUGGCGAGUGUAUGGAGAUAACAGUGUGUAUGACUUGCUGCUGGGUAUGAGUAACUACGAAAGAAAGAGGGUGCUGAAGCAGCUGGGACAUAGACACGAAAUUGAUGCCUUGAUCUAUGUUGGCACCGAGAAGAAUUAUGAGAAGUAUUCCAGAAUGAAGGAUGAUAUAAUAAGGAUAUUUAGUGCAAUUGAGAAUGAACGGAGGAAUGGAUUGUUGAAUGAUCUUAUUCAUGAAAAUGGGUUUAAUAGGUAUAGAUUUAAUACGCUGAUGAUAGCGCUGAAAGGACCAGUUGAGUGUAAUGAAAUAGCAUAUAUGUUGCUUGGUGUUAAAGACAAGAGCCGGGUAGCAGAUAUGAUUGACCAGAUAUCAAUUUGGCAUGGGAAUGAGUAUUUGGCAGAUAUAUUGCUGAGCAUUGAUGAUAAUCGCUUGAGAAGCAUGAUUUCUGGUAUUAAAGAUGAUCCUGUAUUAAUUGUAAGGAUAUUCAGUGGAGCUAAUGAUAUUGAUAAGCUUAACAGACUGUUCAAUAUUAUUAAGCCAAGUGCGGCUAGCGAGGAGGAUAUGAAAACUGUGCUAGCUGAACCUAUGAUCAAUAAUAAGAUUGUUAAUGAAUUGAUAGAUAAAUCGAAGUAUGAGCAGAAUAAAAUAUUGAGAAGAAUUGAUGAUGCACAACUAGUUGGUAAGAUAAAAUGUGCGAUAAAAGAAGCACAGUUAUCAUGGACAAUACGCAAAGAACCUCUUAGAUACAUCUUGGAUAUAUGUGGAUAUAUUUUAUAUAAUAUGCCUAAGAUUUUGGAUAGUAGUAAUCGUGAAGAGUUGGAAAAGAUAGAAGCAAAUAUAAAAGAAUUGAUGCAUAUGCUAAAAAUGCUUGAUUAUUUGAGCAGAAAUCAUAAUCCUCAUGAUGUUCAGACAAAUAAAUUGGAUAGAGUGGUUGAAAAAUGGAAUUUCAGAUCCAUAAUUCAAGCAAUAAUCAGGAGUAUUCCUGGAUUGAAAGAGCCUAUGAGUGAAAUGAUAGGCACAUUUAAAAUAUAUGGGCAAGCUAGUACUAAAUUCCUGUAUGUAUGUCUAAAUAAUAUAAAUAGAAUGAAUAUGAAGGAUAGAAUGAUUGAAAACAAUAUAUACAAAUACUUGAUAAAAACAAUGUUGGAUAUUUUUAAUCUAAUUGCUGAUGAAAUAGAUAAAAUAAUGGAGAUGGUAUAUAAUGAGUACAUUAAUGGAUCUGGAGGUGAGAAUAAGAGUAUAAGUGAUCAAAGUAAGUCCGUCGAUGAGAUGCUGAAUGAAAUGACGCCUGUUCAAUUGAGGAGGAUAGUGUGUAUUGUUGUGCAAAACAUAUACAAACAGCUGUUUAAUAUAAAUUACCAGUUGAGCUUUGAUGAGGCUAUUGAAGCAUUACCAUAUUUUGGAGGGAUAAUAAACAAUUCCGAAAGCAAUGGGUUGAAUAAUGGGGCACAGAAGAAAAUUAGUGUGAUGAUAUUGACACUAUUUAUGCUGGCAUCGAUCUGUAAAGGCAUGAUAAAUCAAAACAUGGAAUAUAACAGAAAGCUAAUGCCUGCAAUUGUUGAAUUCAGUUAA